GGAUUAGUAACACAACCAAGGAAAGAAUGAGUGAGUUUGAAGAUAUGCCUGUAGAAACUUCCCAAAGUGAAAAGCAAAGAGAAAAAAGGAAUUUAAAAAAACCAGAAUGUCCACAUACAAUAGCUGUAAAUAACCUCAUGAGCAUAGAUAAUAAUAAAACGAAAUAGAGUUUUUAAUAUUUGCUACUGUUAUUUUUAAUGUAAUUUAUUCAGUUCUAAUUUUUACAAUAAUGGCAGUUUAAAAGCCAGCUCAGAAAAUUCCUGCAAGUUUAGCAAGUGGCUCUGAAAAGUAAAUACGAACUGGCUCAGCACUUGAGAUAACUUAGAGACUCACUGGAAGUACCAUAUUCAGAUUUAAAUACUAUUUUCCAGGUUCCAUUAUAUGCUAAACACUAUGCUGAAGAAAUUUGCAUACAUUAGCUCAUUUAAUUCUCAUAUCUCCAUGAAAUAGAUACUAUCUCCAUUUGCUUAUUUAAAAAAAUGAGGAUUACUCUAUUGAAAGUCAGGCAACUAGAAUAUGGCAAAACUAAGAUUUGAGCCCAGGUCAGUGCUCUUUCUACUCACUGCCUUCUGGAGCUUACAGUAUAAUAAAACUGGGGACAAGUAAAAAGAUAACUAACACUUGAUCACUCCAUUUUCCUGAAGUUAUUUAGCACACUCCCAGUCCAGCCCCAUCAUGAACCCAUAAAUCAUGAGCCUCUUUAGACAAAGGGAGUGUCAAUUAUUAUAAUUCUUCAGAACACUACCAUGGUUACCAAACACAGUGCUCCAACCUGGACAUUCCAGAAGAGGACAGGGAGAAGCUGAGAUGGCCUUCUUCAAUUUACAUCUAUUGGGAUAUCAAAAUUCCUUUCAGCACAAGAAAAGGGACACAACUGAAAAAACAAACCAGAAGGAACCGGUGCCCAUGAAGCUUCCCCCAAUUAACUCAGAAGAUGGGAAUUAUUCUGUGCACAAGAAUAGCCACACAAGGUACCACAAAGCAGUACGGAAGGUGUUGUUAAAGACAUUCCCCAAUCAAGUCUUCAGAAUGCCCUUGACUGAUGCUCAGAACUUCAGCUUCUGGAGGUCCCAUGAUCCAGGAGUGCGCCCAGAGGAUACCAUGCCCUGGAUCCGGGGCCCUCACCACUGCCUCAUUAAAAGCCCGAUGACCAGGUUUAUGGAGCACUGUGUCCUCAGUGACAGACUCUUCAGUCUGUACUGAGCAGGAUGUGUUUGCAGAGGGACUCAAUGGACUGUGGCAGGAGGACAAAGAAGCGGAAAGAGGAAGAAAGUGGCCUGGUUCUGACGGCUGACCAAUGGGGAGAGGGGAUUGAAAAAGCAGAAUAAAAUUAGACCAGACUAGAAGUCACUUGUAUGCACUGACAGUGAGGGGACAGAAAUUAUCCCAAUGCCCAGAUUCCUGUGCGAUCAGGUAUGGGAGAGACUGCUGAAGCAGCCAGAACUUGGUGUUUGCUUGGGGAGGAGCCAGAGCA